ACAGCCCUGUCCCAUGACAGAAAUAGCAGACGACAGUGCGCUGCUGUGCCUUCCAUCCGUUCUGCGAUCCUUGAACGUGGUAGUGGAAGAUCCACGACUAUUUUACCUUUUAACGAAAUUACGAAAGUUAUACGAACGACGAAUUUCCGAAUAUGGCUGAAAUAACGGAUUUCGGCCCAAGAAAGACGAUUUUCAUUUUAGCAAUCGUGGCAGGGUGCUUUGCGGUAUUGUGGCCGAAAAUUUUCUACCCUAUGCUCACAGCAUCUGUCACUUCACAUCAUACAUCUGAUACUUCUGCAUGCUGCGAUGUAAUAUUUGAAAGUGAUGUUACUGCUGCUGAUAUUGUAUAUGAAAUGUGUCAGAACAUAUUAAAGCAUCAUCAGAUUGAUCCAAGGGUAAGAGAUGCUUUGAGAACUAUAAAACUGACGCCGCAAAGUGCAAGUUUAUGUAGAGAAGAAAUUUUAGCAAGAUGUGGUAUAGAUUUAUCUACAUUUCUUGCUGAAAGAGAACGUUUGGGAAAGUCUUAUAAACAGGUUUUGGAAGAAAUCAGAUCAUUCAAUAGCUCUCUAUGCCUAAAAAUGUCUUUUGGCAUUCCCCUUUCUCAACUAGGAACUCCGCAUCUGAUAAGAUAUCAUAUUUUAAUGCCUCACAAUACUAUCAGACAAGAAAGGCGUACACCACCACAUGCAGGAGGUUUGCAUCCUGCAUUGAGAGAGCGUGGUAGAGCAAUACCCUCCUCUCAUAUUGUACCAAAAGUAAUAGAUAGACCUGAUCAAGUUGUGCCAAAAAUGAGACCACCUUUGGGAGGUGCAGGGCAUGUUGUUUCUGCACCAAAGGGAAAUGGUACUAUGGGAAUUAUUAUGCCACUGUAUACAUUAGGCAUUGUGUUAUUCUUUUUGUAUACAAUUGUCAAGGUGCUAAAGAAAAAUUCGGAUAGUGAAAUCAUUUCAGAAUACCCAGGAGCAGCAGCAGAAAAAGAAUUUCGAAAAAUGGUAUUUAGUCCUGAAGCUUUUGCUAGUGCAAUGACUGGUGGCACAAUGAAUUAUUCUAAGGAAAGAUCUCCUUCGCCACAGAGGCCUGCACCUACUAUAGAGGAGCUAAAAGAUCAAGCGGCAGGAGACAUAGAGAUAGAUCAACUGAGACGACGUUUGGUCGAGACGGAAGCAGCCAUGGAAAGAAUUGUUGUUCAGAUGGGCAACAUAUCACGUUCAGUUAUGCAUAGUCCAAGCUCACAACAAGAACUCAAGGACGAUGCCGUUGCCCAGGCAGAUUAUAGUAACGCAGACAAAGAAGUAGAAAAUAUAGAUUCACCAACUGUUAAAGUCAUGGGUAUGGAAAUGACAGCUAGUUGUGAGGGUAAAGGUAGUAGACCUUCCACUCCUAUAAUACCUAUUGCACCCAGUCACACUGAAAGGGAAAAAACACCGCCGAAACCAAUAUAUUUAGAAGGUGCACUUCCCUCACAGUGUGAAUUACUUGUAACAGAUUCAGAAACGCAAGCUCAAAAACCGGAAGAGGACGUAGAAGCACCUGUUGUACUUUCAGGCAAAAUGACCCUUUCCCUCAUCAGUCUCGACCAAAAUGCAGCUGAAUCUGAGGAAGAAAAUCAAGAUCUACGCGAGGUAGAAGAUGUAACAACCUUGAAUGUGGAAGGCACAAAAACCUUGCCAAAUGUUGACAUAAUUGAUGGUAGACAAAAAAUACAAGUCACGGAAAAUAUUGAAAACAGAGUGAAAGAAAUUCGUAAAAAGAACAUGCAGGGUGUAAAGACUGAAGAAGAACAAGAAGAAGAACAAAAAGAAGAAGAAGAAAAAGAAGAAGAAGAAGAAGAAGAAGAAGAAGAAGAGGAAGAGGAAGAGAAGGAAGAAGAGGAAGAAGAAGAGGAAGAAGAGCUGGAAGACGAAGAAGAUGAAGAAGAAAGGAAAGAAGAUGGGGAAGAAGAAGAGAUUGAGAUCGAAGUUGACGAAGAAAGGAUAGAAGAAAACAGAAACAAAAAGAAAUACAUGGAAGAGUCUGAAGAAGAGCAAGAGGAAGAAGAAGAAGAGGAAGAAAAAGUAGAAGAGAAGAGAAAACAAGAACUAAAUGUCGAGGAAGAUAACGAAGAAGUUGAAGAAGUAGAUGAUGAAGGAACUGAGGAAGAGGAAGACGAGGAAGAUGACAGCGACGAAGAAGAAGACGAUGAUGGAAGAAGUAUAUAAAAAAUGUACAAAAUUUCAUCUUAAACAUGUCAAUGAAAAAUGUAUUUAAUUGGUACUACAUGGUCUUCGCAAGAGGAAAUGGGAAAUAAUGACUGUAAGAACAACGAAUUACAGGAAUUACCGGCGGUCAAAUUGAAGAGAGUGGAGACUAAGACAAUGGGUUGCCUUAUAAUGAAAAGACAGUUCAGAACAAAAGGAAACUGAGAUGACAAACUAACGUUUAAUUAAAUCAGUGUUUACCAAUCUUUAAAAUUGAUGGACUACAGAAGAAAGAAAAAAGUAUUUGAUAAAAGUAAUAAUGAACGAUACAGAUGUUGGUUAAGCACUGCCAAAUACUUAAUAAGUUCAAAACAUUCAAAUUUACUGCAUGAUCACAUUAUUGCCAAUUGUAUCCUAUAUUCAAUAGAAUCAGAAAUUUCUUAAUCAGAGGGGCCAAACAAGAGGCAGUGCUUCGUGCACAUGUUCGGUAGUGUCAUUGUGCAAUGAAGACCACAGGAUUAUAGUACAGUCAAUAGAUACUAUACAAUUCUAAACUGAUUCUGAUUCUGUAUCAGGUAUGGUGAUUGGCAAGCACUGAUCUAUGUAUAUGCUUGUGCAUAUACCAGUUGUUUGAAAAUAAUGCUACUUAGUAUUUUUUAUUAUGUCACCACUAUAAACGUUUUGUUCGUUGUUUUUUUAUUUAUGAGUUUUAUAUCGCGCUGUAUAUGGCAGUAUUUGAAUUACAUUUAAAUGAAGAUUUUAUAAUGAUGUAGUUUAUAAAAUCGUUUAGUAUGCAGCAUUGUCAUUUCCAUACCUAUGUUUAAUUAGUGCAAUUCUAUAUUGGAUGCAAGUGCAAGAAAUAAUCUUCAUUAUUUUGUGUAUAAUAUAGAGUGAUAAUUCUUAUGUAAAAAAA